AGUGCGCGGAGGCGACGGGCGAGGAGCGCCGUCGGCCUCCCGGAGCCGCGCGCUAAUGGAGGGUAUCCAGGCAGAGGAUUGGAACAUGGCCAUGUUUCCUAAAAUAGCCUUGAGGCCUGAAGUAGAAGAACAUCUCCGAGGAGCAUUUAUGAACGUGGAGGUGAUCACCGCUGUAGGAAGGCAAGCAGCCGAAGCCAGAUUCGAAGCUCUUUUGAAACGCCUCUCACAUCCUCCUGCCUUCACAACUGUUCGAGUGAACACUCGACUGGCUUCGGUACAGCAGGUCAAAAGUCUUCUGUGUGAGGAGAUUCAAAAGCAGUUCCAAGGGCUGAGCGUGCCAGUUCUCCAACACCCACGCCUUCCGGACCUUCUGCUCAUUCCCGUCAUCGGGCCCAGGAAGGACGUGGAGGAGCGGCCCAUCCGGGCCAUCGUCGGGGCCCAGUGCGGCAACGCGGUGCUGCGAGGGGCCCACAUCUACGUGCCCGGCAUCCUGGCGGCCUCUGGGGGUAUGAAAGCCGGAGAGGUGGUCUCCGUCUACUCGGACGUGGAAGGGAAAUGCAGAAAAGGAGCCAAAGGAUUUGACGGGACCCAAGCGUUCCUCGGAAAUGGGAUCUCGGAGCUGAGCCGUCGAGAAAUCUUCGGUUCCAACAGCCCCUUGAAAGGCAUCGGGAUAAGGAUGGUGGAACCUGUGUACCUCAGCCCCUCCUUCGACAACGUGCUCCCCGGUUAUUUGUUUUUACAGAAUCUGCCCUCUGCCGUCGCGAGUCACGUUCUGGGUCCUCAGCCGGGAGAGAGGAUCCUGGAUAUGUGUGCGGCUCCUGGGGGCAAGACCACCCACAUCGCAGCCCUGAUGGAAGAUCGGGGCGAAGUGAUAGCGCUGGACAAGAUAGCCAACAAGGUGGAAAAGAUCAAGCAAACCGCCAAGUUAUUGCAGCUAAAUUGUAUCAAGGCCUUCUGCUACGACGGAACCAAGGCCCUGGCCCAAGGGAAGACCGAGGCUGGGCGAGGCCGUGGAGCUGCUGAAGCCGGGCGGGGUGCUGGUCUACAGCACGUGCACGGUGACCCUGGCCGAGAACGAGGAGCAGGUGGCCUGGGCCCUGGACACCUUCCCCUGCCUCCAGCUGCUGCCCCAGGAACCCCACCUGGGAGACGAGGGAAUGGCGGGCGCCGGGCUGUCCCAGGAGCAGCGGCAUCGGCUGCAGCGGUUCGACCCGGCCGCCGUGCCCGCGGAGGGGCCGAUCCGCCGUGCCAACCAGGACUGCAUAGGCUUCUUCAUCGCCAGCUUCGCCAAGCGCCGGACCGCCUCACCCUGCGCCGGGCAGGCCGAACCCUCAUGAAUCGGGGGCCCAGGCCCCGGCGGCCAGUGGGAUUUUUUGAGCGCUUACUGGGUGCGGAGAACCGCAUUGAGCGCUCGGGCGAGGAGAGAACAGACGCGUUCCCCGCCCUCGGCAAGGUAACAAUCUCCCGCGGGCCGGCUACGGAAGCAGCGAGGCCUAGCGGACGGAGCCUGGGCCUGGGAGUCAGAGGACCUGUGUUCUCAUCCUGGCUCUGCCACUUGUCUGCUGCGUGGCUUUGGACAAGUCACUCCACUUCUCCUUGCCUUAGUUCCCUCUUCCGCAAAAUGGGGAUCCGAUACCCAUUCUGACCCCUACUUAGACCGCGAGCACAUCCGGGAUCCGAUCACCUUCUCUCUGCCCUGGCGCUUAAGUACCACGCUUGACACUGAGCGCUUAAUGGAUACCACGGUUUUUAAUGAUUUUAAACCAGGCCGAUUUCCUGUGUUGCACCAACCUCGAUCAGACUGGGGAGGCAGUUUGCCUGGAGUUGGGCCCUGAUGCUUUUUACCUGUCAAUAAAUCAGUCGGUCGAUUGUAUCCACCA